CAGGACACAACUUCAGGGCUUGUGCAACUUCACACACUUAUCGAAAUAACAACAACUUGUAACUACUUUUAAAAAGUAAAACUUCAGGAGAGUAGUCAACUGGGUUUUAAGACAGUUUGCGGUGACAGGCGGUGGUCACGUGUUGUGGCCGAAACAUGGUGGAAGAAGCGGCGUUAACACAGUUGGGAGUGGCACACCGUGUUCUGGUGUUCCUACGUUUUCCUAGUCUGUUCUACAGUUUUUUCAAAUUCCUGGACACAACUGUAAGGUCAUGGUGGCUCACCAGCUGGCUGCCAUCCUGGUGUCCCACAUCUCAGUGCAAACUAAAGGAGGCAGAGGAGAGGAUACUGCAGCCCAUCAGAAGCAAGUUCUCCAAGCAGUUUGUCCACAUAUCCAAUGACAACAAGCUAUGGACGCUGGUCUUCAGUGGCAGUGGAGAGCGUAGGACCCCUCUGGUGCUGCUUCAUGGCUUUGGUGGUGGAGUGGGACUUUGGGCCCUCAACCUGGAUGUACUCUCCCACCAGAGGCCUGUGUAUGCCUUCGACCUGCUGGGCUUUGGCCAGAGCAGCAGGGCCUGUUUCAGCACCGAUGCUAAGGAGGCAGAGAUGCAGUUUGUGGAGUCCAUAGAGGAGUGGAGGAGCAAGCUGGGCUUGGAGAGCAUGGUAAUGCUCGGCCACAACUUGGGAGGCUACCUGGCUGCAGCCUAUUCACUUAAAUACCCUUCCAGAGUGAAGCAUAUGAUCCUGGUGGAGCCAUGGGGUUUGCCUGAGCGGCCGGCACCUGGGGACCAAGACAGACCCAUCCCAGUGUGGAUCAAGGCCCUCGGUGCCUUGCUUAGCCCGUUCAACCCCCUGGCUGGUCUCCGGCUGGCGGGGCCACUCGGCCCUGUUCUGGUGCAGACUCUGAGGCCGGACUUCAAAAAGAAGUUUGCUACCAUAUUUAAUGAUGACACAGUUACGGAGUACAUCUACCACCUUAAUGUUCAAAGCCCCAGUGGUGAAACGGCCUUCAAAAACAUGACCAUACCAUACGGCUGGGCCAGACGGCCUAUGCUGCGUCGCAUUGGCUUAAUUCACAGUGAUAUCCCCAUUACUGUCAUCUACGGCUCACGGUCCAGCAUAGAUGGCCACUCUGGUAAUUCAGUCAAAGAAAUAAGGCCAAACUCCUGUGUAGAGAUCAUUACUAUAAGAGGAGCAGGACACUACGUAUAUGCUGAUCAGCCAGAAGACUUCAACCACAGAGUACUCCAGAUCUUGAAAACAGUAAGCUGAAGAGUGAACUUGAAGACUGGUAGUGCCUUUUUAAACCCUUUUAUACCAUCUGGUCCAUUCCUACUACAUUCCUACUACAACCUUGUGUGGAGAUGUGAUCCUCAUAUGAGCUCAAGUUAAAAAGGCCGGCCAAAGUACCUUUAUAUCAUUAUAUAUUGUACUUGCGUACCUCAGGGCAGUACUAUCAAUUUGUAAAUCAGCAGUCUGACAAAAGGCAUAUCAAAGAGCCAAGUGGGUUCUGAAAGCUUUGUAAUAACUGGAAUAUAGAUCUUAAUUUAGGACUAUCAGUGGUGGUGUACACAGAGAGAGAUUAGCAUGUCAGUUGGAUUCAUUAGCUGAUUGUUUGACAGUCAGUUGUAAACAGCAUUAAUAUAUAAAGAGCUUGCAGUUCACAUGUGGAACAGUAUUUGUUCUAUAGGAUAUUUAUUGUACACCUGCAUGUGCUGUCAAGUUAUAUAAUUAGCAUCAGUGUUAAGUGUCAAUACCACGGCAAAAAAUGCUAUUAGAAUUCAUACUUUUGAAAUUAUUCACUUUAUGCAUAUCUAGGAGGGCAGUGAGAGUAGUAUAAGACAUCUGCUAAAAAUUCAGUUUUGUUUUCAUCAUAUAAAAAGUCCAAAAUGGAAAUUAGAAUAAUAUAUAUAUCUCAGAAAUUGUGAGAUCCGAAAAGUUUAAUUGUUUUCUCCAAUGACUAAAAUAAAGAAAGCCAAUGCAUCAGAAUGAUGGACAGAACGAGUUUUAAGACAAUGUGUCCUUUUCUACCUCAUAAAUGACGGUACUGCUGCCAUUGUGAGACAGUUUUCUUCAACAGCGCAAUAGAGACAAAAUAUGGAGCCAUUGAACACAGGUUUUGUGAUUGUGCGGUUUACAUGAAAUUUACUGAAAUUUUGUUGAAAUAUGCAUGGAAUAUUGAAGUAUUUAAAUUUAAAUUCUGAAUAUUGUUUUUGUCAAGUAUUUACUAUGAAAGAUUUUUAUGCAAUAAAUUACUAAUUAUGUGGCAACUUUGCAGGUUGUCUGGAUUAAAUAUUCAAUGUCUAAAAGAAGUAACAGUGAGGGUGCACUAAUGAAGUAAAAUGGGUCAUCUUAAAAACAAUAAUAUAAAUGUAU